CUCGUCCAUCAGUCGGUCCGAGGCCGUUGUAGAGAGAGGUUUGUUCUUGCUGUUGGUCUGUGCUCGAAACGUUUGUGCUCGCUUUCACGUUUACGGGUUCGACCGGUUUCUUCGAAUCGGGUGCUCGACCACGAUCUCCUCCUGGACGCGCGUCGCUCGAUACGCCCGAAGUAUUCGCGCGUACCAACGGAAAGACGUGUGCAGUGCUAGUGUUGGUAAACUUAACCUCAAACGUGGCGGCGGGCCACACCGCUCUCUUGCCUGUAGUAAACAACUGUAAAGUGUACAAGUGUGUCUCUCUGUGUAAUGGUGUGUAACCACGUCGAGGAAGUGAAACCGUGGAAGGAGAGUUUCUCUUCUUCCGUUCGAUGCUGAAAGGAAACACGAGCGUAUCCGUUCUCGGCAAAUUUUCAUAAACGCGGUGGUUAAUAUCGCUCUGUUUUACCGACCGUAAAAAGGGCACGCCACGCUCUCGGUGCCCAACGGGAUACUUCGUGCGGCUGGCGUCGGCGUCAUAUCUAACCUCAAAUGAACGUAGCCGGCGAUAGAAAUAGCUGGUGAUACCGAAAGUAAUCGAUCGGGACCGGGGCUAUUGUUUCACGGUGAGAAUGCGGUAGUGACAGAUCGUGGAUACACCGAUGGAUCAUCGUCGCGCGUCCGAGGCGGGGACCUUCUCGAUCGAAUCGCGUCGACAGAACCGCGGACAGAGCCGUCGGAAGGGUCGUCGGUCGUUCUCGUAGCCCGCGCGGGCAAUUCGAAUCGGUUAUUGUUUAUCGUUUCUUCUCGUACAUCCCGUUGACAUCGGCGUGUCGCGCGUGACAUGAAGCGUCUCGUUCGCGUGAUUUAAGAACACGUACUACAGUGUUUCUAUUUUCUAUUAGUUCAACGUCACGCAGGAAUCAUGUAUCCCAGUGCUGCCGGAAUCAACGCCGCCGCUGUGGCUGCCGCUGCUGCCAGGCAUCCGGGUCCGCCGCAGCCUGGCCAGCAAUAUAAAUUUUCGAUCGGCGAGCUGUGCGAUCGUAUCAAGGAGGACUUCAACUUUCUUCAGACGCAGUAUCACAGUAUUAAGUUGGAGCUGGAGAAACUCGCCCAGGAGAAGACGGAGAUGCAGCGUCACUACGUCAUGUAUUACGAGAUGUCCUACGGGCUGAACGUGGAAAUGCAUAAACAGACAGAGAUAGCGAAGAGGUUAAACGCUAUAAUUGCUCAGAUCCUGCCGUUUCUCUCCCAGGAACAUCAACAACAAGUCGCCAGUGCUGUUGACAGAGCCAAACAAGUGACCAUGACCGAACUCAACGCCAUUAUCGGGCAACAAAGGCCAGACCUGCCUAGGCUGCUUCAGCAAAUGCACGCGCCGCAGCUUCCACCAGGUGCCGCGAUAGGACCGCAUCCAGGUAUACCAGCACUUCCUGGACCCGGUCUUCCCUCCUCGGCCUCCGCGGCCCUUCUUGGAUUAGGGAUACCACCGAGUGCGGCCGCCACUGCUGGUGGUGCGGCUACCCACCCUUUACCGAUGUUGACCAAGCCGGAUCUUCAUCGGGGUCAACAGGAUGAUUUGAAGCCGAACGGAGGUCUGAAUCCCGCCGAGGAGAGGCAUAGAAACUCGAUAUCGCCGGCGGAACGGGAGAAGUACAGUAGACCCCGAAGCACACCGGACCCGCAGCACCACGAUCACCUGCCGCUGAAGAAGAUGAAGAAGGAGCAGGACAAGGACAUAGGCCAUCAAAGCGAUGGUGAAAAGAGCGACCAGGACUUGGUGGUGGACGACGCGAGCGAAGGGCCGGGGAGUCCCGCGGCGAACGGGACCUCGUCGCCCAGGGAGAACGGCCUGGACAAGCUGGGCCCGUCAUCGGUACCUUUGAGCAGCCAGGUGAAGAAAGAAGUGCCGCCACCCUCGCCGCGGAGCGGCACCAGCAGCAACGCCAGCACGCCCUCGGCCAAGAAGAUGGAGGAUCGGGAGAAGCCGACCACUCCGAUCUCGAAACCUGUCACACCUACAUCAGCCGGUGGUAGCAGCUCCGGCUCCGGCGGUCUGAAACCAUCGAGUUCCAGCAAACCGCUGGUCUCGGCUUCGGCGGUCGGCCCUUAUCCGCCACACUAUCCGCCGCCACAUCAUCCACCCGCAGGACCUCAUGCGGACAUGUUGGGUUAUCCUCCGGCAGCCCUGAAUGGAUAUCCCACAAGACCGCCUCUUCAGCAACUCUACGAUCCUCACGGAAGCAUGAGGGCACCUCUCGGACCUUUCGGUGUGCCCGGUGGCAAACCCGCGUACAGUUUCCACGUGUCGAGCGAGGGCCAGAUGCAGCCGGUCCCGUUUCCACCUGAUGCUCUAAUUGGACAAGGAAUACCGCGUCACGCGCGCCAGAUAAAUACCUUGACACACGGCGAGGUGGUGUGCGCCGUAACGAUCUCAAAUCCGACUAAAUACGUUUACACCGGUGGCAAAGGAUGCGUCAAGGUCUGGGACAUCAAUCAGGGCGGCGGCGGUAGCGCGAAACACGUUUCGCAGCUUGAUUGCUUGCAGCGGGACAACUACAUCAGAUCCGUGAAGCUGCUACCAGACGGCAGGACUCUGAUCGUAGGCGGCGAAGCGAGUAACCUAAGCAUCUGGGAUCUGGCGAGCCCGACGCCGAGGAUCAAGGCGGAACUGACCUCGAAUGCUCCGGCUUGUUACGCGCUCGCAAUUUCACCAGACUCGAAAGUCUGCUUCAGCUGUUGCAGCGACGGCAACAUCGCUGUCUGGGAUCUGCAAAAUCAGUCUUUGGUCAGACAGUUCCAAGGUCACACGGACGGCGCUUCUUGCAUCGACAUCUCAGCGGACGGAUCGAAACUGUGGACCGGAGGUCUGGACAACACGGUCCGCUCAUGGGACCUCCGGGAAGGCAGACAGCUUCAACAACACGACUUCACCUCCCAGAUAUUCUCCCUCGGCUACUGUCCCACAGGGGAGUGGCUCGCGGUCGGCAUGGAGAACUCCAACGUCGAGGUGCUGCACGCUACGAAACCAGACAAAUAUCAACUCCAUUUGCACGAGUCCUGUGUGCUUUCGUUACGUUUCGCUACCUGCGGAAAAUGGUUCGUCUCCACAGGCAAGGACAAUUUGUUGAACGCGUGGCGUACACCUUAUGGUGCCUCGAUAUUCCAGUCAAAGGAAUCCUCAUCCGUGCUUAGUUGCGAUAUUUCUACCGACGACAAAUACAUCGUGACCGGAUCGGGUGACAAGAAAGCCACCGUAUACGAAGUGAUAUACUGAAUCACCACCAGGACCACGCUAUCAGACUUUGGAGAUUAUCGUACGAAAGACUACGCUUUCGUAGUAUUCAUACAUGAGAGAGCACGAUAAGCAACGUGCUUCGGUUUUCUGGCGAAGAAGAAAGAAACACGUUUGUAGAUCACGCACUAAAACUGUCGGUCUAAGGAGCACGAGAAGCCAAACUCUACUCCGAGGGGACUAAUAUUUUGUGAAUCGAGUGACGCGACCGACAGUACGUGUUAUAUUUGUUAUAUUUGGAUGAUGCGCAAACGGCCGCCAUAGAUGGACACGACUAUGCCGCCGAGGACUAAAGUUACAUUAUAUAGAUAUAAAUAUAUAAAUAUAUAUAAAUAUAAAUAUAAAGGUGGCAGAACGUUUUAGCUAUUUAAGAUUGUAUAGAGCGCAUAGUUAUAAAUAGAAACGAUGUUGAACGAUACAGUGCGCGCGGUGAUGUUCGCCCCUGAAACGAGAUCGCGUAAGAUCGGGGUGUGUACCGACUUCGGCCAGAAGUCGCCUGUGUAAUAUGUUACUAAUGUAAUAUAGCGUUUUACGGUUAAGUAAAUCAUACGCGUGACUGUGAGCGAUCGCGAACAUGGACGCAUGGUAUUUGGUCGUUCCCGCUAUGCGCGAUGUCCUCGUGCUUUAUUUGCGAAAGGACGAGGCGAAGGGGCACGUGCAUGGAUCACCGAUCUAGCGUGUAAACCCGUAGGAAUUGUGUGUCGCGUUGCAGAAAUUCGAUCGAGCAAAGCGAGCACCGCUAGCGGGGCCAGUCCUGAGGGGAAUCGAUGAAAAGUUAAACGCAUCAACCUUUUGUUGGCCAUGAUCUUCUGUUGGCACGUCUUUUGGGUCCGCAUCGGUCGCUUUUUUUCAAGGCAGCGUCUUCCGACAGCACCUUCUCAAUAUUUUCGCCUAUCGCAGCUUCCCCUUUCGACCACGAUCCACUCAGUUUAUUAUGGAAAGUAAUCUUCUUCGAGACUGUCACGUUCCAUCGUCUCUUCGGGCCUCGGCGCCUAUACGAUUCACCAUGGAGACAGUCGUUCCACACGCCCCUCCGACUGCCAUGUAGAAGCACAGCCCUGUCAGGGUUUCAUGCGCAUCCGCAAGCAUGUGAUCACUUCUGUUGUUGUUAACCCAUUUCUUCUAGAGUUAUGCGAGAAACUAUGCGGAACAUGAUCGGCACGCCCGUCGUACACGGAAAGCGGCCGCCCCUAAAUCGUUGUAUCUUUAUGGGAGUGUAACAGACGCGAUGAUGUGUACCUGUCGACAGUGUCUGGAAUCUGCCAUGAACAUUCGGCGAGCCAUUCGUUCGACCUGCUCCCAGAAGUUGCUAAUAAUAUCAAACACAUUCGUAGAGGAGAGAGAGAGAGGGACAUAGAAUGGACAUAGCGAGUAUAGGGCUAUGAACUGAUGUGUAAUUAUUUCGAUCUGAAAGAAGCGUCGCGGUAUUUACGUUGCGAAAGAGUAACGACAUCGUUUGGUACUCGCACGCAGGCCUGAGUUCUGGGGACUUUGUUGGCUCUUUCGUCGCUCCGCGUCACACCGCCACCGGAUAGAUAACAAUUGCGUUCGGUAACCAUGGAAAUUUUGCGACGGCCACGGAAGGAUGAGGAAAGAAGCAACGCGUUCGAUCUCUCGACCGUUUUUUUUCUAGAGCAAACAUGCACGAUAAAACGAGACGACCUCUUUUAGUCGUAUUAGAGUCGACGAGUCGAUCCCUCGCGAGGUACAAAGCUUUUGGUAUGUCGUAGCUUCUUGACGUCCCGAGCCGAUCACCGGGCAAUGAUCGCAGAGUCUUUGCUCGACUCAUUGCGUAGUAUAUUUUUUACGACCGCUGCUCUCUUAGCCGUGACACGAUCGCUGCUCGUACGAACGUAUGUUCGCAGUGUAUUCGUAUAUGUUUUACAGAUUCGAUAUAUCGGUUUGAGUGUUUCAUUAGAGGACCGACUGCGAUGUACUUUAUAUGUUGUACCGUCGUGAGGGGGAUGAGAUGUCCGCGUCUAUCGGAAUCCAGUCGUACUCGAUGGAAAUACAGGAACACAUGCGAGCGAGCUUGGGCGCGCGUGACAUUAUUCCCACACUCCAGGCACGAGACGCGUGUACUUUGCGAAAGGCAUACAGGAUGCGCUCGGAAACGAUACGUUUUUUCAAGAUAUUCUGCGAGAUAUUUUUGUGAUUGUCCACGAUGACCCUAGUUUUAACCAAACAACACGAAUCGCGUCGCAAGCGGAGCAAUCUCUGCGGUAUCACGAGAACUUUGUAGGCUGUCGAGCAACGCGGGGGGACCUGUCGAGACAUCUACGUAGAUCCACCUUGGGCCCUAAUACUCGAUUUCUAGGCACCCAGACCAAUGUAACUCGUCGUGUAGCGGAUUGCGUGUCCAACCGAGGGUGUCGCAAUUAGUAGUCGAAUUUUUAAAUCAUCAUUUCAAAGUGAACCGCAGCGUUCGUUCCGCUCGCUAUUCGACUCCACCGAAUUGAAUUUUAUCGUAUCGGAAGGAUCAAAUUGACGAUUGCAUUUACGUACGUUGACAGUUUUUCUUCAUGCCGGCGUGACGGGGCGUGAAGUUAGGGUACUAGGUAGCGCGUCAUUAUUCGGAUCUGACAUACGGUCAAAGCAGGGGAUGCAUAAUGGAGAUUUAUAUUUUGUUACAGGAUGACACACGUUUUACAUUCGCUGUGAUCGUCGUAGAAUCGACGCUGUAAUACUGCCCCGCGCGAGGAUUAUCGUUAAGUAAACGCAGAUUUUUUCACCACAGGGAAAGAAUGAGAUAAUGGUACACGCGAGAAUCGGAAAACAAAAACAAAAGUGCGGAUAGAUUUUCGACGAGCACAGCUCCGAACGAUAGACCAAUAGAAACAACGAUACCUCAAGAAGACUCAAUAGUUAAUUAUCUCUUACGGAUUAACUUGUACAGAAUCCAUAUUCUUUUACAGUGAAUAAUACGCAUACCCACGCAGAUGCAUUAGGACACACACAUACACACAUGUACACACAAGUCACAAACACAUUAAUGCAGACGCACUAGGAAGAACAACGGCAACAAAAGAAAAGAAAAAAAGAAAUAGAAGUAUAACAACGAGAUCGCGGCUCGACACAUUGAAGUAAUUAAUAAUUGUGUCCUGCAUUGACUAAAUUGUGUCUCCGUGCUCACAGUUUGCACUCCGUGUGUACGAAAGUAAAGCGAAUGCGUUUCUAGCAGAGGAAAAAAAGACAAGUGUUAAUCCUUUCCAAGCACAGUUCAUGUUGUUCCUAUAGCUACGCGACAAUUGUUUCUUUCGACAAUUAAAUCAUCUAUAUCUAUAUA